AAAAAUGAGUUUAUUGACUUGUCAAAUGUCAUUUCUGAAUUCAAUAAACUAACCUCACAUUCUCAUAAUUACAACUAUCGUCUGUAUUUAUAUCUGGUUUGGUAAACUAUGUUGAGUAGUGAAAUAUUUUUUAAGCAUUUUAUAUAAUUCUGCUAUUUACUAGUUAAUAUUAGAUGGCGUUUCCUCAGCCUAACGCUCAAAGAGAACUGACAAAUAGGAAGAUUUUGGAGGAGUUGCAGUUGAAGAAACAAAUGCUUUUGAAGCAAGCUGCCGUGGCACCGCUCACCGCCACCACGAUCAGCCUUACGCAGCCUAGCCCCGCCGGAUCACUGCCUAUGUGCUCUAUCCCCCCAGUAUCUGCUACUGCUGGUUUCCCACAACUCCCAGAAGCAAACAUAAUAAACACAAGCCACCGCGCUGCCUUGCAGCACGCCAACGCCACAUCCUGUGGCUUUUUCGUCUCCCAAGACUCUUCAUUCGGAAACCAAAUCCUACCAGUGCUACCGAGGUUUGACAGCAAGUGA